AUGUGUGGCAUUUUCUUUGCCGUAAGCACCAAAGACCAGAGGCGACCUUCUUUGUUCGAGGAUGGGCUCUCUUCAAAUAUCGCUCCUUUCAGCUACUCCGUGCAACUUUCGGAGGCUCAAAUUUCCGCCGUUACCAGCAAAAACUUGAGCGCAGAGACAAAACUUACAAGCGCCCACAAACAGAAAAUCGAGAAUCUCCAGCGGCUCCGGGCGCUUCAUGUGGAAUUGAACAAAUGGAAGAACGCUCGAAACUCGGCAAAGGCCGCCGAGAUCGAACAGCAGAUGACUUUAUUGUCCGUGGAGGACCCAGACGAGAAACCUGGCCAAGACUACAAUCAUACAGACUCGUCCAUUGCAAAAAUCAUGGCAAGAGGCCCAGACUACGCCCAGUACUCCGAGAUGAGCCAGAAGAAUAACCGCUUUCAGUUCUUCUCCUCGGUUUUGUCUCUUCGCCAACCAUUCACAAGCCAACCAAUCCACAUCCAUGAUUGUGUGCUUCAGUUCAAUGGAGAGCUUUACAACGGCGAUUGCAUAGACUCCAACGACACGGAGCUAAUAGCGGAAAAACUUGGCUCGGCACUAGACUCGAACGUCUCGCGAGAAGACGCUAUUCUUACAGUUUUUGCUUCGCUCGACGGAGAGUUUGCGUUUGUGCUCACAGAUUUGCAAGACGAAAAAGUUUAUUACGGCAAAGACUACAUCGGCAAACGCUCUUUGCUCUAUACUGUGAACGAAAACGCUUUCGUUGCUGCUAGUGUUCUUUCCGGACACGAGAAUACACAAGAGACAGAAGCUAGCUGCAUCCAUAUCUUGGACCUCCGCACGUAUGACAUCCAAAAGGUAUCAUACGCUUCCAUAUGGAAUAAGCAUCCCUCGGAGAAUGCCGUCUUUCUCGAGUGUAUCUUGCCGGGUACAAAAGACUUGGAUGUGGAUUCUCAAGUGGAAAAGUUGCAUCUUCAUCUAUCACAAGCUUGUGCAGUCAGGCAACAUACCAUUCACCCGCUUCAUAACAGUCUGGGAGAUGUUGAGCUAGGAGUUCUAUUUAGUGGAGGCUUAGAUUGUACAGUCCUUGCCGGACUUUUGGCUGAAAAUUACACCAAGGAUCAUAAGCCUGCCACCAUCGAUCUUAUUACAGUAGGAUUUGAAAAUCCUCGGACGGGCUUUUCGCCAGACCAGUCUCCCGAUAGGCAGUUGAGUUUGCGCUCGUGGUUUGAGCUUUCCAAGGCUUUUCAUGGAACGUGCGUGACUUUCCGUCUUGUUCAGGUCAAUGUGGCGUACUGGGAAUGGCUUUCCCAUAAAGCAAGGGUGUUGGAUUUGAUCUAUCCGCGUGCUACAGAAAUGGAUCUAUCCAUAGCAAUUGCAUUUUACUUUGCUUGCAGAGCCGAAAUUGGCGAUUCACUUACUGUCUGUAGUGACAUCAGAGACAUGGGAUGGAGUGACUUUGACAUUGAUAGCAUGGCAACCCGAGUUCCUGAUUACACCUCCAGAGCCAAGGUUCUCUUUUCCGGUUUAGGUGCAGACGAACUUUUUGGAGGCUAUUCUCGACACGAGAACAUAUUCAACGAUUUGACAGAGUCAUCGAGUGAGGCGCUGAUAAAUGAGAAGUAUGGCGAGCUCUCUGCAUCUUUGGUGCACGAUAUAAAUGUGAUUUACGAGAGAAACUUGGGCCGAGACGAUCGUGUGAUGUCCAGCUGGGGAAAAGAGUUGAGGUACCCUUACUUGGAUAACGGGGUGGUUUCAUUUAUUAUCAAUUCAAUUGAGCCAGAACUCAAAGUCGGUUUUGAAUGGGUUACGCAAGUGACAAAAAAGAGAGAAAAAAGGUGCAAGAAGUUCACCAGGAAAGUUUUGUUGAGACGUUUAGCAGAGAAAUUGGGUUUUCCACUUGCGGCGUCAGAAAUCAAACGGGCCAUUCAGUUUGGUGCUAAGAGUGCAAAGCUUGAAGUGGGCCAAAGCAAAGCAAAAGGGACUGACGCCUUGUAG